AUGGCUUCAUCCAGCUCUUACAACUCUCCCUGUGCUGCCUGCAAGUUCUUGAGGAGGAAAUGCAUGCCAGGCUGCAUUUUUGCACCUUACUUCCCACCAGAGGAACCUCAAAAAUUUGCCAAUGUUCACAAGAUCUUUGGAGCAAGCAAUGUGACCAAGCUCCUCAAUGAGCUUCUCCCUCACCAAAGAGAGGAUGCAGUGAACUCCCUUGCAUACGAAGCCGAGGCAAGAGUAAGGGACCCGGUUUAUGGCUGUGUUGGUGCUAUCUCCUUUCUCCAGAGACAAGUUCAUAGGCUCCAGAAGGAACUUGAUUCUGCCAAUGCUGAUCUGAUUCGCUAUGCCUGCAAUGAAAUCCCAACUGCAUUGCCUGCACCACCAGGGGCAAGCUCAAUUCAAUCAAUGGCUCCUCGUCAAAGGCCGGUUGAAUAUAAUAAUAGAAGGAUGGGCAAUGAAGGGGGUUACUAUCAAGCUCCAGGCAUGCCAAUACCUUACACUCUUCCUUGGAAUGAUAACCCUUCAGGGGAUUCCAAUGAAGGAGGAGGAGAAGGGAACAUGUGA